CUUGUCAGUUGUCAGAAUUGAUUGUCAGUUUGCCAGAGUUUACCAAUUUACCUGCAUCAUUUUUACUUUUCUAGAAACUAAGAUUCUUGGCGUGUUAAUCAGUUUCAUAUAUUUUAUAAAUCCAACAUAAUGACAUUAAAUUUGGGAAGAAAAGACGGCGGUCCCGGUUACGUCGGCAUACAGUUCUGCCAAGAAUGUAACAACAUGUUGUAUCCACGCGAAGACAAAAACAACAAAGUUUUACUGUACGCCUGUAGAAACUGCGACUACAAACAACUGGCGGACUCAAACUGUGUGUACGUGAACAAAAUUAUGCACGAAGUUGACGAAUUGACCCAUAUAAACCCUGACGUGGUGAGUGAUCCUACAUUGCCGCGAACGAAGGAUCAUAUGUGCCCGAAUUGCAACCACAGAGAGGCGGUGUUCUUCCAGGGACAGACUAGACGCGCUGAAGAAGAGAUGAGACUAUACUACGUGUGCACUAGUUGUAAGCACAGGUGGACUGAGUGAAUGUUCUUUAUUGUAAAUGUAAGAUUAAGUAUAAGGUCAAUAAACAUAUUAUUUUAAAA